CGCCUGGCCUAGUCACCAUUUUAAGGAUAAGGAAAUUAGGCCGGAUGUGGUGGCUCACGCCUGUAAUCCCAGAACUUUGGGAGGCCAAGGUGGGCAGAUCACAAAGUCAGGAGUUCGAGACCAGCCUGGCCAAUAUGGGGAAACCCCGUCUCUACUAAAAAUACAAAAAUUAGCUGAGCAAGGUGGUGGGCGCCUGUAGUCCCAGCUACUCGGGAGGUUGAGGCAGGAGAAUCGUUUGAACCUGGGAGGCAGAGGUUGCAGUUAGCCGAGAUCAUGCCACUGCACUCCAGCCUGGGCAACAAGAGCAAGUCCUCGUCUCAAAAAAAUAAAAUAAAAUAAAAUAAACCAUAGAAAUGGGCCAGGUAUGGUGGCUCAUGCCAGUAAUACCAGCACUUUGGGAGGCUGAGGUGGGAAGAUAAUUUGAGCCCAGGAGUUGGAAACCAGCUUAGGCAACAUGGAAAGACCCUGUCUCUGAAAAAAAAAAAUAAUAAAACCAGAAAUGGAUCUGAGUUUAAAAGUCUGAAUCCCAUACAAGUCCAUUUUCCUACAUAGGACAAGAUUCUUUUACAUAAAAUUUCAUGUCUGAAAUACAGGCCUCCCUGGGAACAAGCACCACAUAAAACUGCAUUAGAGGCCGGGUGCAGUGGCUCACGCCUGUAAUCCCAGCACUUUGGGAGGCCAAGGCGGGUGAAUCAUCUGAGGUCAGGAGUUCCUGACUAACCUGGGCAACAUGGUGAAACCCCGUCUCUACUAAAAAUACAAAAAUCAGCCUGGUGCGGUGAUGCGCACCUGUAGUCCCAGCUACUCAGGAGGCCGAGGCAGAAGAAUUGCUUGAACCUGGGAGGCGGAGGUUGUAGUAAGCCGAGAUCCCGCCGCUGCACUCCAACCUGGGUGACAGAGCGAGACUCCGCCUUGAAAAAAAAAAAAAACAACAACUACAUUAGGUCAUUAGGUGUUAGGUGUCCCUCUUGUAGAUUCUUUACUGCUUUCUGUUCACCCACCAUGAAAUUUAAGCAUACUGUAUUGUAGUUACCUUCUUAUUUCCUUGACUCCCAUAUUUGACUAUAGCUUUCUUUCUUUUUUUUUUUUUUUUUUUGAGACGGAGUUUCACUCUUGUUGCCCAGGCUGGAGUGCAAUGGUGCGAUCUUGGCUCACCUCUGCCUCCCUGUUGUUCAAGCGAUUCUCCUGCCUCAGCCUCCCGAGUAGCUGGGAUUACAGGCAUGUGCCACCACCCCAGGCUAAUUUUGUAUUUUUAGUAGAGACGGGGUUUCUCCAUGUUUGGAUCAGACUGGUCUCGAACUCCCGACCUCAGGUGAUCUACUCGCCUCAGCCUCCCAAAGUGCUGGGAUUACAGGCAUGAGCCACCACGCCUGGCCUGGACUAUAGAUUUCUUGACAAAGGUGGGAAAUGUGUUUUUCCCCAUUGAAUUCCCAGUGCCUAGCACAUAGUAGCCACUGAAACAUGUGUUGAAAAAACAAAGGUUUGGCUGGGUGCAGUGGCUCAUGCCUGUAAUCCCAGCACUUUGGGAAGCUGAGACAGGCAGAUCACGAGGUCAGGAGUUCGAGACCAGCCUGGCCAAUAUGGUGAAACCCCGUCUCUACUAAAAAUACAAAAAUUAGCUGGGCAUGGUGGCGCGCACCUGUAGUCCCAGCUACUCAGGAGGCUGAGGCAGAAGAAUCACCUGAACCCGGGAGGCGGAGGUUGCGGUGAGCCGAGAUUGUGCCACUGGACUACAGCCUGGGCGACAGAGCCAGACUCCGUCUCAAACAAACAAACAAACAAACAAAACAAAAAAGACAAAAAAAAAAAAAACGAAAGGCAAGGCAUUUCAGGAUUUCUUCUAAUAGGAUCUCAGACUAUACUAGGGAGUUUUGAUUUGUUUGGGAUAUCCCAGUUCUCCUCCUGGGUAUCUUGGAAUGUUGCACUAAGCCCAGAGCAGUUCCAGAGGAGAAUGACAGGCAGAACUAGGUCCUCUAGCUCAUUCUCCCCCGCUGAAAAUCCUGCAUGGCCCUGGACCUCUUUGGAUUCUCAGGUGGUAGGCAAAUGCCUUAGCACUUGCUGUUCCUUCUACCCCUGAGGCUGCUUGGGUUUUUGUUUUUAUAUUUAUUUAUUUAUUAGGGACAAGGUCUUGCUCUGUCAAGGAGUGCAGGCUGGAGUGUAGUGGCGUGAUCACAACUCACUGCAGCCUUGAACUCUGGGGCUCAAGCAAUCCUCCUACCUCAGCUUCCCAAGUAGCUGGAACCAUAGGCGUGUACCACUACACCUGGCUAGUUUAUUUUAUUUUUUUUAUUUUUUGUAGAGACAGAGUCUCCCUGCAUUGCCCAGGAAGGUAUCAAACUCCUGAGCUCAAGCAAUCCUCCCCCUUCAGCCUCCCAAAGCAUUGAGAUUAUAGGUGUGAGCUACUGUGCCCAGCCCUGCCUGCGUUUUUAGAUGUUAGCAAGGAAAGCAAGGGAUAAGUGAGCCAUUUGCUAGCCAACCAGAGUGCCUUGCCAGCCCUGAUCCAGGCGUUUUUCAAAGUCAACUCACCGGAGAAAGAAAGCAAAGGAGAGGGCCCUUGGUGGGCUCUGGCUCUCUCCCCAGCUUUAACCAGAGCAGCUCUGCUGUGACCUGUGUAUGUAUUGGGAUUCUACUGCUGGGAUGGGGACAGGAGCUCCUUCUCUUGAAACAGACAGCUGAUUGUCUCUCCUCCCUGGCCUUCAGGCUGUGGGCACUGCACAGCAUCAUGGGCUUAAAGGAGGCCAUCCAGACGUGCUAUUUAUGCAGUCAUUGGGGAAAUGUUCAAAAAGCAAACUGAAGAGGGCUGUCUAGUCACUGGAACCAAGCCACAGCCUGAGGCUCGAAAAAAAUUUGGAAAGUUCCUGACAAGGAGAUGGCAGCAGGUCCAGAGGAAAGUCUGCACAGAUACCAAGCAAGGGGAACACACAGGGUACAGCUCAGAGUCAAAAUGCUGAGUGUCUACUUGUCAGAGAGACGUUGAUAUCACAUACAUGUGUAAUAGGAGCCAUCUAAAGGUAAGACAGAGACAGACAAGGGAGUCUGAGAUCUGAGACAAAGGAGGUCUUGGACUCUGCUCUGCCUGGAUUUCUGGUGGGCUGAAUGAAAUCUGGUUGGUGGGUUGGAGUGGGCUUAGGUGUGGCUAGAGGCUAUGUCUCAGGACUGACUUUGCCCUUGACUUAAAGGACCAGACACUGAGGACCCAGGUCCUCAAAGCUGGUCAAAUUUUAAGGGUGAAAGGGAUAUCAGAAUCACCCAAGCCUUAUCACUACCUGAAUCCUCCUAAUAACACAGUCACAAAGUGGACGCUUGCCCCUGCUCAGCCACUCCCUGUGAGUGGCCAUAGUUGGCAGCAAGGAGCCAGACGCCACAACAAGACUAUGAGCAGACUUAACGCUCCUCUCAAGCAGAUGCCUUGUUGUCCUACAAAGAUUGGCUACUGCUGCCUUACGCCUAAUGACCUUUGGAAUUGGAAAAUUCUUCUCCCCAAGAAAUGUAUGUAUCAAGCUAUAAUGCACCCAGAUUCACCUUGCGCAGCUUUCAUUUCAAUUUUGUCUCUUCCUCUUAUUUUCUUUGCAAAUGGCUUCUAUGUGUAACGACUUUCAUAGCUUAUCCCAGUUCCUACCCAGAAGUGAUGGUAAAUUGCCAAGUUCUCUGAAAAACUCAUGGAAGACUACCAUGUACAAAAUCUGGGGAGACAGGAGUUUAAGACUAGCCCUGGCAACAUAGUGAGACCUCAUAUCUACCAAAAAUAAAAAAUAAAAAAAAUUAGCUGGCCAUGGGUAGUCCCAGCUACUCUGGUGGUUAAGGUGGAAGGAUCACUUGAGGCUGGGAGUUUGAGGCUGCAAUGAGCCAUGGUCAUGCCACUGCAUUCCAGCCUGGGCAACAGAGCAAGACCCUAUCUCAAAACAAAAAAAAAUCUGAGGGGAGACAUCACCUAAGAAGGAGGCUAGGGCCCCAUUGAGGUAGUUAGAUGCUCACCAGUUCUUUCAGCAAAUUCCUCUGCCCCUCCUGCACCCCCUCAUCCUACCUGAAAGGGGAAGGCUCAUUUCCUCUUUUUUCAAAUUGUUAGGUACCUGGAAUUGCUUGCCCUCUUCUUGAAUCCCACUCUAGAGGGGUUAAGGAAGGAAGAGGAGGGAAAGAACCUCAUGGUUCUCCUUACCUGGUUGAUCAGGGAACAUUCUGCCAAGCAAUGAAGAUGCUAAAACCCCAGGGGUGAUCCAGCAAUUCCAUUCCUAGGUAUAUACCCAAAGAAUUGGAAGCAGGUGUUCAAAAAAAAUUAUACCCAAUAGUCAUAAUACACUAUUUGCAAUAGCCAAAAGGUAGAACAACCCAAAUGUCCACCAACUAAUGAAUGGAUAAACAAAAUAUAGUGUAUCCAUACAAUAGAAUACUAUUCAGCCAUGAAAAGGAAUGAAGUUCUGACACAUGCUACAAUGUGGAUGAACCUUGGAAACAUGCUAAGUAAAAGAAGCUAGACACAGAAAGCCACAUAUUCUAUCAUUCCAUUUACAUGAAAUAUCCAGAAUAGGGAACCCCAUAGAGAAAGCACAUCAGUAGUUGCCAGGGCUUGGGCGGUGGCAGUGGAAGGUGAAUGACUGUUAGUGGAUAUGGAGUUUCCUUUUGGGUUGAUGAAAAUGUUCUGGGACUAGACAGUGGUGAUGGUGGCACAAGUGUGAACCCACCAGAUUCCACUGUACGGAGCACUUUAAAGUGGCUAAAAUGGUUAAUUGUAUGGGAUGUGAAUUUAUCGUAGUCUGUUUGGGCUGCUAUAACAAAAUACCAUAAACUGGGUAGCUUUUAAACAACAGAAAUUUAUUUCUCAUAGUACUGAAGGUGGGAAGUCCAAGAUCAAGGUGGUGUUGUCUGGUGAGGACCCACUUCCUCACUGACAGAGCCUUAUUGCUGUGUCCUCACAUAGUCGAAAGGGUGAAAGUAUCUCUCUCACACUGGGGUCUCUCUGUCGCCCAGGCUGUAGUGCAGUGGCGAGAUCACUGCUCACCACAGCCUCAACCUCCUGGGCUCAAGUGAUCCUCCUGCCUCAAUCUCCUGAGUAGCUGGGACUACAGGUAUGCACCACUACGCUCAGCUACUUUUUGUACUUUUUGUAGAGACGGGGUUUCACCAUGUUGUCCAGGCUAGUCUUGAACUCCUGGGCUCAAGCAGUCCACCUGCCUAAGUCCUGGGAUUACAGGCAUGAGCCUUGGUUCUUUUUUUUAUGGGCACUAAUCCCAUUCCUAAUUACUUUCCAGAGGCCCUAUCUCUUAAUACUAUCACCUUGGGGAUUAGCAUUUCAACACAUGAAUUUGGGGGAAAGGACACAUUCAGACCAUAGCAGAAAGGAAAGGUGAAUCCAGAACACCCCUCUGGGCUUUGUUUCACCAUCUGUAACAUGCAGAUAAUAAUGCCUCCCAUUCCCCACGCCCCCGGUGUUGGCAUGAGUAAUACAGCAAGCAAUUGUGUUAUAUAAAAUGUCUAGCAUACAAUAUGCACUCGAAAUAAAUGUCAAUUGCUUUUUUUCCUUUAAAAGUGUCUAAAGCUACUUGCCUCAUUCUCUGUCUCUCUCUCUCUCUUUUUUGAGACAGGGUCUGGUUCUGUAACCCAGGCUGGAGUGCACCAAUCACUGCUCACUGCAACCUCCGCCUCCCAGGCUCAAGCGAUCUUCCCACCUCCCAGGCUCAAGCGAUCUUCCCACCUCCCAGGCUCAAGCGAUCUUCCCACCUCAGCCUCCUGAGUAGCUGGGACUAUAGGCAUGCGCCAUCAUGCCCAGCUAAUUUUUUUGUUGUUGUUGUUACAGACAGGGCCUCACUAUGUUGCCCAAGCUGGUCUGGAACUCCUGGACUCAGGUGAUCCUCCUGCCUUGGCCUCCCAAAGUUCUGGGAUUACAGGCGUGAGCCUCUGCACCCAACCUAUUUUCUUUAUUUCUUAACGACUGUAGUUUGUGGCUCUAGUCAGACAACCUGUCCUCAUAUGAGGGCUUCGCCCACUCCUCACUGCACAGGGCAGGCUGUUCCACCAUCUGGGAUGUCCCACCUCCUCUGUUACAGGCCACUGUGGUCUUUGGGCCACUGUCACAGAGUCACCUGAGAGCUGAUUCUGUGAUGUUCACCCACUGAAUCAGACUCUGAGAGUAGUUGGGUGAAAAGGUCUAAGGGUCUGCAUUUACAUUUUUAUUUUUAAAUUAUUACUCUGUACUUUAUUUAUUUAGUGAGACUGAGUCCCACUCUACUCUGUACUUUAAUUGAUAUAAAUACUAACAUUUUUACUAAGUGCUCCAGGUGAUGAUCAUGCAUAUUAAAGUUGGAGAGCACUUUAAUUUAUGUUUUUACCAUCUAUUCCAGGAAGUCUGCCCAGAUUUCUCCCUUGCUCCUUACCUAAGUCUAAGGUUCUGAGGGUCAGGGUCAGAUUCCCAUUGGGUUCUGCUGGGUGUGUUCUCCCACCGGACUGGGGAGGCCCCAGGGACAGAUAUCUUGCCCUUUCUUUACUCUCCUCACCCUAAGCCCAGAUGUUCCUGGUACUACUGAGUGUAGAUUCUCCUAGGAUGCUGUAGGAAAUGCAACAGAAUCUUGUUUUUUGGCCAGGUGCAGUGGCUCAUGCCUGUUAUCCCAGCACUUUGGGAGGCCGAGGCGGGUGGAUCACUUGAGGUCAGGAAUUCAAGACCAGCCUGGCCAACAUGGUGAAACCCUGUCUCUACUAAAAAUACAAAAAUUAGCCUGGCGUGGUGGCACAUGCCUGUAAUCCCAGCUACUCGAGUGGCUGAGGCAGGAGAAUUGGUUUAACCCGAGGGGCAGAGGCUGCAGUGAGCACAGAUCGUGCCACUGCACUCCAGCCUGGGCGACAGAGUCAAACUGUCUCAAAAAAAAGAAUCCUUUUUUUUUUCUUUUUUAACCUCUACAGAUACUUGGGAGAACCUAACUUCUCUGUCUUCCUGCGAUUCUAUUCUGACUUUUCUAGAUGGUAUAGAAAUUGUAUUACUGUGUCACAUCACCCUUUGCCUUUCCAAUCCCAUCUUACCCAGGAUGUGCUAGGUGUGGGCCGGCCCCCACCCGACCCUGACAAGUGACCAUGGAUCCUGGAGCCGGGUCAGAGACAUCUCUGACUGUCAAUGAGCAGGUCAUCGUGAUGUCAGGUCAUGAGACCAUCCGAGUGCUGGAAGUCGGAGUGGAUGCCCAACUCCCUGCUGAGGAAGAGGGCAAAGGACUGGAGGGUGUGGCUGCCGAGGGCUCCCAGAGCGGAGACCCUGCUGAAGCCAGUCAAGCUGCUGGUGAAGCUGGGCCAGACAACCUGGGCUCCUCUGCAGAGGCAACUGUGAAGUCACCCCCGGGGAUCCCUCCGAGCCCUGCCCCUGCCAUUGCCACCUUCAGCCAAGCCCCAAGCCAGCCUCAGGCAUCGCAGACCCUGACGCCACUGGCUGUACAAGCUGCCCCCCAGGUCUUGACUCAGGAAAACUUAGCCACAGUUCUGACAGGAGUUAUGGUUCCAGCAGGGGCAGUUACUCAACCUCUUCUUAUCCCCAUCAGUAUUGCAGGUCAAGUGGCUGGUCAGCAGGGGCUGGCCGUGUGGACAAUUCCUACAGCAACCGUGGCUGCCCUCCCAGGACUGACCGCUGCUUCUCCUACGGGGGGAAUUUUCAAGCCACCUUUAGCCGGUCUCCAAGCUGCUGUGCUGAACACCGCUCUUCCGGCACCGGUACAAGCUGCCGCACCAGUACAGGCCUCCUCGACGGCCCAACCCCGGCCACCAGCCCAGCCCCAGACGCUGUUCCAGACCCAGCCGCUGCUGCAGACCACACCUGCCAUCCUCCCGCAGCCCACUGCUGCCACCGCUGCUGCCCCUACCCCCAAGCCAGUGGACACCCCCCCACAGAUCACCGUCCAGCCUGCAGGCUUCGCAUUUAGCCCAGGAAUCAUCAGUGCUGCUUCCCUCGGGGGACAGACCCAGAUCCUGGGGUCCCUCACUACAGCUCCAGUCAUUACCAGCGCCAUUCCCAGCAUGCCAGGGAUCAGCAGUCAGAUCCUCACCAAUGCUCAGGGACAGGUUAUUGGAACCCUUCCAUGGGUAGUGAACUCAGCUAGUGUGGCGGCCCCAGCACCAGCCCAAAGCCUGCAGGUCCAGGCCGUGACCCCCCAGCUGUUGUUGAACGCCCAGGGCCAGGUGAUUGCGACCCUGGCUAGCAGCCCCCUGCCUCCACCUGUGGCUGUCCGGAAGCCAAGCACACCUGAGUCCCCUGCUAAGAGUGAGGUGCAGCCCAUCCAGCCCACACCAACCGUGCCCCAGCCUGCUGUGGUCAUUGCCAGCCCAGCUCCAGCAGCCAAGCCAUCUGCCUCUGCUCCUAUCCCAAUUACCUGCUCAGAGACCCCCACCGUCAGCCAGUUGGUGUCCAAGCCACAUACUCCAAGUCUGGAUGAGGAUGGGAUCAACUUAGAAGAGAUCCGGGAGUUUGCCAAGAACUUUAAGAUCCGGCGGCUCUCGCUGGGCCUUACACAGACCCAGGUGGGUCAGGCUCUGACUGCAACGGAAGGUCCAGCCUACAGCCAGUCAGCCAUCUGCCGGUUCGAGAAGCUAGACAUCACACCCAAGAGUGCCCAGAAGCUAAAGCCGGUGCUGGAAAAGUGGCUAAACGAAGCUGAACUGCGGAACCAGGAAGGCCAGCAGAACCUGAUGGAGUUUGUGGGAGGCGAGCCCUCCAAGAAACGCAAACGCCGCACCUCCUUCACCCCCCAGGCCAUAGAGGCUCUCAAUGCCUAUUUUGAGAAGAACCCACUGCCAACAGGCCAGGAGAUCACUGAAAUUGCUAAGGAGCUCAACUACGACCGUGAGGUAGUGCGGGUCUGGUUCUGCAAUCGGCGCCAGACGCUCAAGAACACCAGCAAGCUGAACGUCUUUCAGAUCCCUUAGGGCUCAGCCCCUGGCCCUGUGUUCUAGCACUUUGUCCAUUUCCCGUGGCAUCCGGCUGCAGCCACUGCCAUGACAGCACCUGUCAUUUUGCCACGUGCAGCUGUGCUCACCCCAGGUCAUCAGACUCCACCGUGUGCAUGUGCAUCAAUGUCCCUCUUUUCUCCCACACAUCUCACAUCAUGGGGAGGCCAGAGGGGGCCACACGAGAGCUCCAGGCUCUGGGCUGGUCACUCCGAAGAAGAGGAUUUGUGACGUCACUUAGAGAAGCACCUUGCUAGCAUGGUUUCUGAAGGGUGAAUUCUGGUGGGGAACCAGAAACUCCCUGUCUUUGGGGCAGGGCUAAAGCAGCUCCUAAGGACCACUGGCCAUUAGCUCUUGCUUUUGAUGGCAUUCUCUUUCCACCUUCUCUUCUCCUUUGCUCCUCUGUGUUAGUGUGGCAGGUAUGACAACUCAUCCAGUGGAAACACAGCCUCACACUGCCCUUCCGCCCCCCACACUUUGCUUGCAGGUGCACCGAAAGGACCCGGGAGAUAAAAUUCAAAAAAGUGUGAUGUGCUGCUCAGAAGGUCAGACUCCAUGUCUGCCUUGACCUCAAGAUCAGAAGGUUCCCAAACCCCUGGGGCUGGAACAUGGGAUCUCCUCUUCCACCUCUUCCUGGUUCCUUUGCGGGGAAAAUUGCACUAAAACAGAACCUUUUCUUAAUCCAUGUUGGAAGGAAGCAACAGUGAACUCUACCUGUUCUGGAGUUGUCCUGGGUCUGCAGAAGGUUGGGAAUUUAGAAAAUAAGGCUGUUCUUUCAUAUUUUAAUUUAAUCUCUGUCAAUGGCCAUCCCUCCCACAAAAAAACGUGGGUUAAGAGAACUUGCAGACUGGAUAUGCAAGCAAACGGGCAACUCUGGAGAAAAAUAAGGAAAGGAAUGCUGACUUUCUCUUUCUUUCUCUUGUCCCCACACCCAUUCCCAACCCAAUACUGGGGCCUUCUCAAAAGGAGCAAAUUAAACAAUAAACCAGACAGCAAUGCCCUGGAGGAAAGGACAACAUCCUGAAAUAAAUGAUGGAGCCCAGGAAGGUCUCUUGUGGAAGUUGACUUAAUUCUAAUUUUCUUUGUAACUUUAAGCCUUGGAUACGGGAGGAGAAAUCUCAUUUUGUCGAGUCUCAGACCAUGUCUGUGUGUAAGCAAUCCCCACAGUGUCCUCUGAGUCAAGAACAGCCCCAGAUCAGAUUGAGUUUUGCUUCUAGACGGGGUAGCUAUGGUACCUUGGGGGUUAGCUCUCAUCCAAGCUGUUAAGUGAGUUUCCAGCCUCACUGUGGCUGGAAAGCCCCUAAAAUUCAGUAUGUAACUCCAGGAAGUCAGGAGAGAACUGAGAUUUGCCUAGAUGACCACAGGCUUGCGGUAUAGAUUAUCCCUAAAGGGCCCCAAGUCAUGGGGGUCAACCACCCCUCUCUUCAGUACUCUUAUCCUUACAGAGGCUGGUCUCUAACAGCUGCCUCCAGUGGACCUCCCAUGAUCCACCCUGAGGGAAGGACCGUCAGCUGGGGACACAUCACCACCUCUGUCAGUCACUGGUGCAGAGCCACCUCCUAGCCUAGCUUCCUCUGGUGUCCUGUUUCCUUUCCCACUUACUGUUGGUGCCUCCCAGGCCCUGCAAUGCCAGCGUGGCCACCCUCUUGGUAGCCUGGCCAGUGAGAGGAGGACAGUUGUGUGCUGAAUUAGCACACGCACGUGCAGCGCACACAGAUGCGCACACACACACACACACAUACACGCUCUGCUGCAUUUGGACAAACCAUGCCUGCCAGAAUGUAGCAGAGGUGAGGAAGCAGGUGGGCAGCUUGCCUGACCCAGCUUUUCAGGAGAGCGUGUCUCCAACAGAGAGUCUCCACACUCUAGUUCAGGGUUAUCGACCUGCCUCAAUGAGAUGACAGACUCAUUUGGGAGGGGUGUUGCAAACAAGUUUUCAGUGAGAAUAGUUAAGUUCCAGAGCUUGUAAAGGAUUCAGUGACUGACACUUCAGUAAAUUAGGCCAGGCACAUUGGCUUAUGCCUGUAAUUCCAACACUUUGGAAGGCCGAGGUGGGCGGAUCAUUUGAGGUCUGGAGUUCGAGACCAGCCUGACCAACAUGGUGAAACCCCGUCUCUACUAAAAAUACAAAAAUUAGCCAGGUGUGGUAGUGCACAUCUGUAAUCCCAGCUACUUGGGAGGUGGAGGCAGGAGAAUUGCUUGAACCCUGGAGGUUGCAAUGAGCUGAGAUCACACUACUUCACUCCAGCCUGGGUGACAGAGCAAGACUCUGUCUCAAACAAACAAAAACUUAUAGUGAUGCAGGUUUUCAUGCUCAGACGCUUGCAUUCAGGUAUGCUUUCUUUUUUGAGAGAGACAAAUGGGUCACAGCUGGCACCCUGGGAAUAGCACAUAAUCCAGGGUGUGUCUGUGGUGGUGGACGUGCAGGGGAACACCAUCUGUCCUGUGUCAUGAUGGGAAAACAAUCAUGAACCACUAGUCUAAAUUAGGCCUGGCCAUGCUUUCUCAGCCCCUCCCUCAUUUAAAUUUGUCUUCCCAAAGCUGAGCUAAAACUAAACCAUUUCUCCUCUGCUGGAAUGAUGGAUUGGUCAUUCAGAGGAACAAUACCAGGGGUGGGAGGUUUGCAGGCUGAGUUCCCCAGGCAUGGGGGUGCAGGGUGUCCCUGAGGUUUACCCAAAGCACAGCUCGCUGGCCUGUGACCUCUGCCCUUCUUCCCACAGUGUAAGACCCCCCAGGAAGCAGCUGGGGCCUGAACCUCUCACCUAGGAGGUAGGUUUAUUUUAUUUUUUGUUAGCAUCAGGCUCUGAAGGAGUUGGUAUACAUUUUGUUUUGAAAACAUCUUCUGGACUUACACCAGAGCUUAGUGUCGUCUUUACUAUGGAAAGAGAGGAGAACGGACAGAAAUGGUUUAACUGUGUGGAGUUUUGUUUGUUUUGUUUUAAAUGGAAGAAAGACCAAAACUUUCCUGGUGGAUCAGCUAGGGCCUUUGACCCUGCAUUACCAUGGCAUUUUAUCCAGGUGAAGUCCAGGGAAAGAACUCAGCCAAAUGGACUAAGGAACACACGAGUUUGGAAUGCGAGACUCUGACAUUUUUGUGUUCUUGGAAAUCCAGUUACCUUCCCAUGCCCAGAUUUCCUUCCUGCCUCAUGGACCAGGCUCUGGCACUGAGGUUCUCACUGUUCCCAACACAGACAAAGCUUCCUGAGGGCUGGAGGGGCAGCAAGGGGAGAGGAGAAUGGGGAAGAAGCACUUGAUGUAGUUGUGUGGAAUAAACAGUAUUUUUUCUUUUGUA